AUGAACCCCGAAGUUUUCAACGACGAGGACGAGGCAGCCGCAUGUGAAGAUGUUCGUCGAAUGGCGGAGGCACUCUCACCUCAAAUGUCGGCGCUGGAAGAUAUUCUGAAAGACUACUCGGCUGAAUCUGAUGUUGACAUGGAUCAUCAACCACAGUCUGGUUUCCUUGACGAUGAUGAUUCCAUUGAUGGAGAAAUGGAACGACUUUUGACAUCAGAACAAUCUCUUAGAGAUGAAUUACAAUUUGCAGAAGACUUGAAUGCCAUGAUGACGCCGUCAAGAGCGGAGGGCAACGGUACAACGAAUCAGUUUUCACUUGAAACUUUGGACUCGGUUCAGAAGAGACUGUACGAAGACCCCCCAGACAACGAGGUACCUUCUUCGUACACACUAGAUGAUCAUGCAGGAUAUUUGAAAAUACGAACUGAAAAAGUAGGGGGAUGGUACUACUGUGAUAUGACCAAGUACUUGGCUCCAGCUGGUGCUGACGACAACGAACUUGUCAAGGAUUACUGCUUGCCUGUGCCCUUUCGGAAGCUGAAGCGAUUGUACAGUGGAUUGAGCUAUCAAGAAGUUGCCCAUAGUAAACGAUCGUCACUUUCGACCCCAGCAAAACUCCUGCAGACCCCAACAAAAGUGUAUCAAGCAGUGGCGGGGACGCGAACUCCAAGGGCAUCCUUGACGCCCAUCACACCGUCGCGAACUAGAACACCCGGAAACGCGCCCGCAACUCCCAGCACUCCCAUGCCACCCCCCCCACCCCCUCCAAUGCCACAAGAAGAGCCUUUACCAGUCAGAACUGUUGCGAUUCGUCUUCGUUGUGAUGUGCUCUGCGGAGCAGUUAUGGAUGCGGUGCACCAUGCGUUUGAUGUCUUGCCAGAGGAUACUACAUCGCAAAUAAUCAAGCGUCAAGGUGGACACUUGAGAGGUGCGGUGUACCAUGCCUCGAAAUCAUUGGCCUAUGUGGCAGACAUUCAAUUGUGUACCCAGAAGAGUGAUGCUCUUGAACGACGUUUGAUUGUUCGGUAUUAUCAUGUCCAGGAUGAUCCCGAAGCCAUGAAUGAACUCGGUCAAGCUUUGCAGCGAAAGAAAAAGAUCGAGCCAGAAGAGGUGACUCUCGAGACAAUUGGAGAUGGGGGAGCCGAGCAGGAUUUGUUUGGAAAUCAACACAUGAAGCAAUCAUGUAGUCUGAUUCAGCGGUUAAUGGCAGCACAACAAGGAGGGGGUGCUAGCAAGAUGGAUCAGAAGCAACAGUCAAGUUGGUUGGGUUUGCAGAAUUUCUCAUCCUAUGAAUCCAAGAGCGAGAUGCAGCGGUCAAUUGGACGUCACUUGUUGUCCAAUUUCAAAGCUUGUCCAUCGGUUCGAGAGGAAAACAAAAAGGCAAAUCCAACCAUUCGUCGAUUGACGCUUCCAAGUUUAUCUCAUAGGGAUUGGCCACUUUUGGAAAUUUCGUGGGAAUUUACGAGAAUUAUCUUGGAUGAACUCGAUAAUCGAGACUGCACCUUCAACACCCUUUCCACACUUCCCUUUGGACAGUUCCCUUGUCUUCCAACUUUGGAUGUCCAUUAUUGCUCACAGCUAAGACGAAUCAGUCGAGAAGCAAUGAUAACGCAAUUACUCAAAUCAGCAAAAGAACUGGAAGACUACGCAAAAACAGCACAAUAUAAUUGUGCAGUGUGCAUAACACUGCUCGCACCAAUGCUGGAUCUAUAUGGCAUACCUCCAAUGGGUCUUCCCCAAGUAUCGAAACCUUUGGAUCAUUAUCCACUAGAGUUCACCCCACCCCAAGUAUCCUGUCCUCCGUGGGGAAGUCUGGUCAUGGAAGCGCUGAACAAGGUGGCUGCAAGAACGCCAACGGGCGAGAUAACUGAUGACGAGGCGGUCAAAAUGGUGUAUCAAGCUCUUGUGAAGCAGGAUGAUGAGGAACAAGCCGCCCGAUUGGGUCGUAAGAAUGCCCAGAUUAUGGAUCGACUAGCAAAGCUGCAAUCGCACCAACGUCUUUUGGUUACCAAGAUCCGAGAUUCUCACGCUUUCAGCGCAAAGGCAAAGGCGGAGGCGGAUAGCUAUUUGAAGCGGGCACAAGCUGCAUCGAACGAAGGGACGCAAGCGUUCCCAUCACAUCUCGAAAGUUCUGUUCCGCUCUUGAGUUUUAGGAUAUCACUUGGUGCAUCUUCGUCAGGAUACUGCUACGUCACACCGAGUCAAAUUCUUUUUACAACCAAGAGCAUCCCGAUUGUUGGAGGCAAGACCACAACCGUUUUCGAUCUGGAAAAGGUUGACUUUCAAGUGAUAGAGGGGGCAACAUCAACGUUAUUAAAUCCUUUCCCAUAUACUAUGAAUGUGGUUUCAAAACGCUCGGGGCAAGUCUUUUAUGGCUUCCGACCAGCAGUCGGGCCAGUCAGAUUGCAAAAGUUCUUGUCAGUCAUCCAAAGUUUUGCCGGAGAAGAAACUCCUGAUGAGUUUUCCCGUGUUGUCGGAAAUGUUCAAGCUGUUGAAGAAGAUGGGGAUAUCAAUUUAAGCGAACCUCAAUCGGAUGAAUUGUCAAUAUGA